AUGAAUUUGUAUGGCGUGAGAAUCUUUUUCUCGGACAAUUUAGGUUUUUUUUUAAUGCUCGACAACUGGCUCGGGAGAAGGCACGGCUCCCUGUCGUUCAGGGUGACGCAGGUGCUGUCGGGGCACGGUUGCUUCGGCAAGUACCUGUGUCGCAUAAACAGGGAGCCGGACGCUCGGUGCCACCACUGCGUCCAUUGCGGGGAGGACACGGCGCAACACACUCUCGCCGAGUGUGCGGCUUGGGAGGAGCAGCGCCGUGUCCUCACAAACGAAGUAGGAGGCGAUCUGUCGCUGCCGGCCGUAGUGCGGAAGAUGGUCGGUAGCGCAGAGUCGUGGGACGCGGUGGUGUCCUUCUGCGAGGACGUGAUGUCGCAGAAGGAAGCUGCGGAGCGGGAG